AAACGGAAAAGAGCUGAGAGUGCUGUGAGGCUCAGAGGCAGGAAACAUGUCUGUUGUGCUCCUGGUUGUUGGCGUCGUUAUAGGAAUUGCUUAUAUUUACCGUCACAUUGUGGUGAAGGGCGAGAGAUGCACGAGCAAAGCAAAGCUUCAUGGGAAAACUGUGAUUGUCACUGGCAGCAACACUGGCAUAGGGAAGACGACGGCCAUAGACCUGGCUCAGAGAGGAGCCCGAGUGAUUCUGGCCUGCCGCUGUAAGCAGAGAGGAGAAGCUGCUCUGGAGGAGAUCAGAAGGGAGAGUGGAAGUAGCCAGGUGGUGUUCAUGCAGCUGGAUCUGGGAAAUCUCAAGUCUAUUCGCAGUUUUGCAGAGUCUUUUCUGAAGUCUGAACCUAGACUGGACAUUCUGAUCAAUAACGCAGGUGUCUGCCUACAGGGUCAGACAGAGGAUGGAUUUGGAUUAAUGUUUGGUGUCAACCAUCUGGGUCAUUUCUUGCUGACCAACCUGUUGUUGGACCGACUGAAGGAGUGCGCACCCAGCAGGAUAAUCAAUGUGUCGUCCAUGGCGCACAACUUUGGAAAAAUAGAUUUCGACUGCCUGAACAGUCACAAAGCUCUGGGCUUGGGGACAUCCUUCAUACACCUUCUCCAGAUCUACUGCGACAGCAAACUGUGCAACGUUCUCUUCAACCACGAGCUAGCCAAGAGGCUGCGAGGAACUCAGGUCACCUGCUACGCUCUCCACCCAGGAGCCAUCAGCUCAGAGCUUGGUAGGAACACUGGCCUAUUCCUACAAAUCAUCCUCAAACCCAUCACCGCCUUCUUCUUCAAGAACACCAUCCAGGGAAGCCAGACCACCCUCCACUGUGCCCUGCAGGAGGGCAUAGAACCCCUCAGUGGAUGCUACUUCUCCAACUGCACCGUUAGAGAUCUGUUUGCUAAAGCCAGGGAUGAUGCUGCUGCAAAGAAACUGUGGGAGAUCAGUGAGCGACUGUGUGGCCUUCUCUAAGGCAGUAGGAGAAGCCUCCGUGUUUUCUGCUAGCUGGUAGUAGGUGUAACUUCAUGGCCUCGCUUGAUUUAACUGACUGAAAACUUUGGCUAAAACUAAUCAAGUGAUGGAAGGUGAAAUGUUGGCAAGUAUUACAAUGCAUGACCAAAUGUAUAGUAAUGGAAGUCUGAAGAGUCUUUCUGAGCCACCUGAAGGCAACAGUUUUCACUAGAGCUCAGAUGUGUUUCGGAUGUGAACCCCUUGAUUAAACUUUCUUCGUCUGUAUCUCUGUUAGAUGUGUAAUGUGUAAGGAUAACAUUUACUCAUACCCAGAAGUCUAACCUGUUUGUGUUCACGUUUUAAAUGUAUUGCAUCUGUUUUAGUAAUGACUAAUGAAUUAGUACUGAAGAUUUCAAAAUGUUUUUAAAGAGGGAAAAAAAACAUUGAUGGAAAAUAACCAGUUGGGAGAUUUCUCUUGAGUGGUUACUGGUUUCGCAGGUUUGGUGGGGUAACAGGAUGGGUGGGGUGCCAGGAUCCAACUGUCAGCUUCUUACCUGGAUGACGUAAGAGAAAAUGCUUUAGUAGAUAUUUCAAAUGACAUAAAAAGACCCUGAUUAUUUAAGAUUCUGUUUUAUCAAUAAUAACAGAGAUUACUUAAAUCUUCAAUCUGUUUUUAAUGAAAAUCAUAUAAAACAGCUUAAAGGCUAAUCACUGUCUUUCCAGAAUUGCAGAGUAUUAUUAUCUUAUAUUUAAAUAAAAUAUAGGACACAUAUACCACACAUAUCCACUGUGUGGUUUUAGCAAGCAGACAGUCAAGAACCUCUAACUGGAAAAGUACAACAGUGAUGCUGAUGUAGAAAUAUUUAACCCUAACUGAAGCUCGUCAUUCUUCAGACAGUGGAUCCACAUUGCUGUUUGUGUUGUCUCUCAUGGGAGGAUGACACAGGGUUCACACCUGGACGCAUCGCUCCAAUCACAAUUUAUUUUUAUUUCUGUUGGAAUUAGUUACUGUUUUCUAGAGGCUUUAUUUAGCUGCUUUAGUUUCAACUCAAUCAGCGAGUGCAUUUAAAUUAUCUUGUAAAUGACUUUUAAAGUAUAGCUUUUACAGAAAGGCUAAAUGUGUUAAUGAGAUUAGGAUCUGACUGUAGCUUCCUGGGAAACGUUUUGUUGUUUGGCUGAAACAUUAUUUAGGGAUCAUGUGGGUAUGAUGCUAGAUACCAUAUUUUCUGGACUAUUAGUCACAUUUUUAAUUUCUCAUAGUUUGGCCGGUCUUGCCGCUUAUAGUCAGGCGUGAAUUAUACUUUUUUUCUUCUCUUCAUGAUAUUUUUUUUGACUAGUCUGGCGAAUGUGCUAACUUAAUGUUCAGGUGGCUCACGCAAAAUGGAAAUUAUAGCAUUGCAGGCAAAUGAACAAAAUUGUACUUUGUUUUUGUGUGAAACUGUCAGGAAAGACAAGAUCAGAUAGAAGUGAGGUCGGCUCACACACCUCGUCUUCCACUGACAGACCAGUGGAACCUGAAGGUUUGGUUAUGACUAAGCUGCUAUUCCCAGUAGGAAUGUGUUUGUAAGCCCAAAAAACAGACAAUGUGUUUUCAGGACUAGAAACUUCACUUAAAACCAGUGUUGUGCAAUGUUUAGAGUGAGCGACAAUCAGUUUUCUGUGAUGGCAGUGGAACUAUAGGAGGGGACUUUUCGCAAAGUAUCCAUUGUUUUGUAAAGACAGGUUUAAAAGCAAAUCUAGAAUAAACCCUUCCCCCUCA